AUGGAUUUUCCACCGCUGAAAAACGAUCGCUUUCUUCGAGCUGCGCGAGGUCAAGAAGUUGACAAAGUGCCUGUUUGGAUAAUGCGACAGGCUGGAAGAUAUUUGCCAGAGUUUCGCCAGGUCAGAUCCAAACAUGAUUUUUUUACUAUAUGCCAGACACCGGAGUUGGCAGCAGAAGUUACUCUUCAACCUAUUCGCCGAUUCGAAUUGGAUGCUGCCAUAAUUUUUUCUGACAUUCUUGUUGUACCUCAAGCACUUGGCAUGGUUGUAGAAAUGAGAGCUGGUGUGGGACCAGUAUUACCGAAACCUUUGCAUUCCCCUGAUGACAUCUCAGAUUUGGAAUAUCCAGUUAACGUGAAUGAGAAACUCAAGUAUGUUGCAGAGGCUAUUACACUGACUCGGCAUAAACUAGAAGGUAAAGUACCUUUGAUUGGUUUUUCAGGAGCCCCAUGGACCUUAAUGGCUUAUAUGAUUGAAGGAGGUGGAUCGAAAACUUUAUCAAAAGCAAAAGCGUGGUUAUAUCAAUAUCCAGCAAAAACUAAACACCUUUUAGACAUGCUAGCAAAUGUUAUAGUUGAUUAUCUAGUUAUGCAAGCUGAGGCUGGUGCUCAGUUAUUGCAAGUAUUUGAAUCAAAUGCAGAAUAUUUGGGGCGGGAACUUUUUCUUGAAUUUUGUUUGCCUGUCCUCCAAGAUAUUUGUUCUAAAGUAAAAAGUAAGUUGAAGGCAAAAAGUUUGGAUGUGCCAAUGACAAUUUUUGCGAAAGGUGCUCACUAUGCAUUACUUGAAAUAUCUAAAUGUGGUUAUGAUGUAAUGGGAAUAGAUUGGACUGUUAAUCCAGAGGAAGCUAGAAAUAUUGUUGGGCCUAGUAUAACACUCCAAGGUAAUCUAGAUCCUUGUGCUUUAUAUGCUCCUGAUAAUGCUCUUCAGUCGUUAACCCGUGAAAUGUUAAAUAAAUUUGGAACUGAUCGCUAUAUAGCCAACCUUGGUCAUGGGAUCUAUCCUGACAUGGAACCAGAAAAGGUGAAAGUAUUUAUUGAUUCUGUGCAUGCAUUUCAAACAUUACCUAUAUGA